UUCAACUUGAAUUAACCGUUUCGUUUUACGUUAUUAAUUUAUAAAAUUACAUCAUACCGUUAUAUCCUGGAUAACGAAAAGUAUUUUUAAUAGUUUUUAUUUUGAUUUUUUUUAUCUAUUGAAAAUUAUUAUCACGCUGUCGGUAUAAUAGAAAAAUUUAACAUUUAAAUCAGAUAGUAGAAUUUGAAAUUUGUAAUAUGAUAAUUUACUAUGAUUAUUAGGGCAAAAAAAAUAAUGUUCAAUUAUCAUAUCUGCGAUAGUAUGGAGGAUUAAGUUUAAGGCGCCUAUUAAAACAUUAGCGCGCAGCUAAUCGAGGAAGUAACACGUAAAAAUUAUUCACGUUGGCAUAACUGCAGAGAUUACGGGUUGAGUUUAUCGCGAUAUAGUAGAGUAACUUAGUUUAACAUUCGUAAUUAUUUUUAUCGCUUUGAUCGACAACGUACGAGCGUUAUUGUCUUCAAACAGUAGAUAUAUUGUAUUCUUGAUAUCGUCUUUGAACUUCUUUAACGUCAUUGAUCGGAACGUUAGCUGCACAUAAUAAAGACCAGGAAAUAAAGACCGCAAGUGGAAACUGAUUUCAGUCGCUCACAAUAAUAUUUCGAGUAGUCGAACAGAAAGUAUCAUGCGCCAAGAAAGUUUCUUCGUUGAACAAUAUUAAUGUUGAAAAAAAAUGUUCUCUCGGAGUCACGUUGCAAGAGACGACUUCAAAAACAAGAUAUAAAUUUACGCGGUAAAAUCAAUCCAAGUUUUCCGUAAUACGUCAAUAAACAUUAAUGCGAAAACGACAACGAUUAUAAAAUACUGAUAGAUCAUGUGCAUCAUCAUUUAUAACGAACAUCAUUUAAUUCCUAGUUCAUAGACUAGACUGACUCGAACUUAUUUAGAUAUGGCAACAUUUUCCCGUUUCUUUCAGCAUAUCGCAUCUCUGUAAUUGAAGAAUUUGUUAACUCGUAGUUUGCCGUAUUGCAAAUUUACUUCCAAACUUCCUGAUUAAGAAAAAUUCUUUUUUGUUUUCCAUUAGUAAGUACAUUACCGUUACACUAAUUUACAUUAAAUGUAUGACCUAUGGUGAUUAAAGUUAUACGAAUCUGAUAGUUACAUGACAUUAUUCUGAUGGCAUUCUCAUUACAAAAAUUAAGUUGAGUUUUUUCGACAUUUCCUACAGGCAGUGUCGAGUUGAACAUGCCGAAGCUCACAGCGGUCGUAGUAUUCUUGUUCGCAGCAGCGUCUAUGGCAAACUGUAGAUUGGAACAACCAAAGUAUUCCCGUCAUAUGACAAUUACCAUGCCAAAAUCCACCACCAAAUAUAUAACAAUGGAUAAUCGACUAUACACAGUGUCGAUCAACAAAUCUAAUGUUCGUGUCAAUUCUUCUGACGUCAAUCACAAGCCGUGCGAUAUGACCAUCGAGUCUGUCAAAGAUUUUAUUCGCGGAGAGAUGAAAGUCGACGCUUCUGAUAAGAUGAUUUAUAUCGUGGGGGAGCACAACGUCGAGCGUGUCGAUAGCAAGGAUAGAACUAAGUACACUCUGCUUAUCAUCAAUCCUCACGAUUGUACCCUCAAGCCAGCUGAUAUUCCUGACAUCAACGUCGGAAUGAAACCUGCUCUCCCGAGAUUGCUGGUUACUCCACCGGUGACUCUCACCGACCAUAGAAUAUUUUUAUUUGAUAUGCGGAAAGUUGGCGAUAAUUAUCUGUAUGCUCAGAAUAUGGAGGGUAAAGUGACAACAAUCAGAAGUCUCGAUGUUAGUAUGAACGUUAUCAAGGAGAAGCAAGUGGAUUAUCCUGUGGACGCGAUGGCCAACGCGAAGGCUGGAAUAACUGGUGUUUGCAGCAGAGCUCGCGAUAGAUUCGUGAUGGACAUCGCUGCUUAUAGCGAGGUGAUUUGCGAGAAAAUUAAUUCUAACUUAGAUAGGAGUGUUCGAAUCCGCAUACCCAUUGUACCACAUUCAAAGCCAGUUUCAAGAGUCUCGUAUGACAUUGACGAGACAACGGAUAAAACCAUCAUUGCAUUUGCCGAAAAUCAGGAUUUACGUGUCUACAUCUACAACCCUUCUGGCCAACGCUUGAAGUCAUACGACUUGGGUAAAAUUGAUGAAAGGUUCGAAAAAUACAAGCAUCAACGGAUGUUUUACACGCCUUAUUCUCACUGGAAUCUACGCGGAUUCAUCACGGGCAAGGAAUAUUACCUUGUUACCGAACAGUUGUCUUGCACGGAUGAGCACGAGAUCGAUUUACAUGAUGUCAGAUGUAUUAAUAUUUAA